AUGCAAGUUUGGCCCAAAUCCUGCAUUAUGGAAAAGUCUGGGUUGCUAUUUGAUUUCUGCUUUGAUUUUGAGAAAUAUGGAUUAGUUGUUGAAAAAAAUGAUGAUGCUGACCAAAAGAUUGAACAAGAUGGCAUCAAACCAGAAGAUAAAGCUCAUAAGGCAGCCACCAAAAUUCAGGCCAGCUUCCGUGGACACAUAACAAGGAAAAAGCUCAAGGGGGAAAAGAAGGGGGAUGCCCGAGCUGCUGAGGCUGAUGCGAAUGAGAAGAAAGAUGAAGCUGCUGCUACCGCUGAUGCAGUGGAGAAAAAAGAGAGUGAAGCCCCUGCAGCUACAGAAGCUGCCCCAGCUGAUGGUCCUAAGGCAGAAGAGGCCAGCAAAGCUGGGGAGACUACUUCAGAGGAGAAGGAGGCUGGUACCCAGGCUGCUGCUUCCGAGCAGCCAGCCCCCAAGGCCACUGGCCCAUCAGAGGAGAAGCCGGUCUCCGCUGAAACAGAAAGUGCCACUAAAGCUUCCACUGACAACUCUCCGUCCUCCAAGGCUGAAGAUGCCCCUGCCAAGGAGGAGCCUAAACAAGCCGAUGUGCCUGCUGCUGUCCCCACUGCUGCUGCCACCACCCCUGCUGCAGAGGAUGCUGCUGCCAAGGCAACAGCCCAGCCUCCAACGGAGACAGCGGAAAGCAGCAAAACUGAAGAGAAGACAGAAGCUGUAGAAGAAACCAAACCCAUGGAAAGUGCCCAGCAGGAGGAGGAGAAAGGAGAUGAGAGCAAGGCGGACCAAGAACAUGCCUGAACCUUAAAGAAAUGACUCCCUGCCUCCCUUUCCUCCCUCCUCCUGACCCCUGUCUCUCUGCACCCUAUUCCCUACCUUACUCCUGAGUCCCCCUUCCUAUCCUGCUCACAUCUGUGGGCCUGUC